UGUUGAUUCUUUACUGUCACUAUUUUUGGGUUUUGUUGAACUGAACAACUGCGAAUGGAAUUAAAGAAAGUAAAAGAUAUAGAGUAAUCAGACAAAUAUUUAGUAAAAAGUGGUUUGUAAUCAGUGCUGGUGCAUUCACUUUGCUAUUGUCGCGUCAAUGCGCAAGCGAACAAACGUAACAACAGUCUGCAAAUAGUGACCAUUCGUGAGUGAUACUCGCCAACAGUAAAUCCUAUUCAAAAUGUCGAUUAUGGACAGAAUCAGACAAUCGUACUGGAUCGAAAAUGUUCCCAGACGAAACAUUGUUGCGACAGUAGUGGCGUCUUUCCUGUUCUUUAGCGGCUGGUGGAUUGCGAUCGAUACGGCAGCAGUGCAUCCCAAAUCGUGGGAUUUUUCGUACUACAUCUGCGGUAUUUUGGCCACUAUCAGUUUCUUUAUAGUUAAUUCGAUUUCUAACGAGAUGCUCCAUGGAGGUGCGGCUUACACUGGAGGCGUUUUGGGUGAAAGCGGUAUCAAGGUGUUUCUAUUUAUCGGAUUCGUGCUUGGCUUUGCUUCGAUUAUUGCUGCCAUCUGGAUUAUGAUAGCCGAGUUUGCUGUUAACAAUGACAAGAUGGAGAAGGGCCCUGGCUAUGCUCUGUUGGUACAUAAUAUCUUCAUAUUUUUCUCUUCAUUGAUCUACAAGUUUGGCCGUCAUAGUGAUGAUCCGUACGCUGCUGGAGUAUUUUAAAUAGUGAUUGGAUGGCACUUCUUCUGUUCUAACACAUUUUCCAUCAAGCAGCAAAUUAUUCCUUUGUAUAAGCCAGGCAGAACUAUCAUUAAGAACGAAGCAUUGAAAUAGUGGUGAUGACGUGACGCAAAUUGCACCACAUUCGAUUCAGCUUGAAUAAAUCAAGUCAGAUUGAAAUAAAAAGUUUGUACAACUUUGAAAAGCAUUGAAGAAGAGCCAACAUUGAUGAACAAAUAUAGAAAAAAAACUGGUCAUACCGGCAUAAAUGCUUCAGCAUCUUUUUCGUGAUAACAGUCUGAUUUGAUUCACCUUGUGCAAGAAAACAGAAUGGUAUUGCUAAUCAUAAAAAUCUGAUUUUAAGCUCUGUAUAAAUUAUUACCCUAUACAAUAAAGAUUGAAACACAACAAA